AUGGCUCAUUUCGCCUACCUGGAGUCGCCACAGGCGAGACCAGUAUUUACGUACCUUAUGAAAAGCAAACUCAACGUGCUUUUGCAAAGAUGGUACAAGGAAAAGAAGUGCAUGCUGAAGCGCGGGGACGCCGGGGAGCGAGGCGGCCCCCGUCAGGACUCAGGAAUCGAUAUUCUUGAUUCCGAGAAUUCCAAGCCAAUCAGGACGACCCUCGAGCCGCCGAACAAAAACUCGGCCAUGCACGCGGCGCCCCCAAACCCAAGAUCCGAGAAUGCAGGACGCUCAAUGCUGCCCAUUUGUGUCCAUUAA